AUGUCGUCGACUUCAGAAAACUCUUCUCUAAUAAAUAUUCAACAGCUUAUGGAUCUGUUACAAAAUGAAAGGAUAGUUGAGUAUCAUAAUAUCUCAGAGUCCACAGCGAAAGAGUUUCUUGAACCUGCUGACUGCAAAAAUCUGAAAAUCAUAAUGCCAGACUGUGCUAUUUUUGUUUCUACCCUCACAUACCCCACGAUAGCAAUGGAGAUUGCAUAUACGGAGACCUAUGAGGAUCUGAAAGAAAAUGCCCGUCUGUUACUUGAAGGGACAGCAGGAGAGAUAUCAGUUGCUAUUCUAGUAAAAAUAGUGCCUCUCAGAUCAGAUGAAAGUCAUAUUCAAUCUGCAUUUGUACAGCUCUAUGAAUACAGCUCUACACAAAACAGAGCUAUUCCUAGAGGAGGCCGCAAGACGCUCUUUCCAGUACCCAACAAUCAUGCCCGUCAAAGGAUUGAAUUUUCGUGGGAAGAUGUUCUAAAAUCUCAGCUUCCACAAAUACAGCCUGUCUCAGCAACUCCACCUCCACUUCUUCUUGAUGAUCUUCGUGAGAUUAUCGAUGCUUAUACCGAGAGACAUAUUCGAUUGCGCGACGUCGAAGAACGGCUUAAUUGAUCAUUUUGUUAUACAAUCUGUGAGUAUACAUGAUAAUGUUGUUGAAAGUUUUUACAAGUUUAUUUUUAUUCUGUGAAAUUGGACUGACUGUAAUUGAAGCGACAAUGGAAAGCCCGUUCAAAGCUAAGUUCGAACUUAAGCGCUCCAUCGAUAAAUCUGAGGGAUUCAAGAGCGAAAAGUGCUGGCGAGAUGGGGAUUGUUAUUCGUUAUGAAACUGAGGGGGCGAUGAGGAUUAUUUUCGGGAUAGGCUGGGGGAGGCGCUGAUUGAUUAUUGGGAAUAAUUCAUGUUUAAAUUGUGAGGGGUAUAAUGAUACCAAAAAGCAUGUUUCUACGACUGUAUUUUUAUUCUUUACAAUUGAGUGAUGGUAGUUGAGAGUGGUUCACUGUGAAAGAGAAGU